AUGCAAAUCUCGAAAUAUUUAUGUGUUAUGAUUAUUGGUGCUAUUGUGAUUGCUGCUAGUGCAUCACCAUUAAGAAAAAAACGCAGUUGUAAGGAUAACAGUGGUCAACAAUCAUCAGGCAGCUCAGGUCCAACCUAUUAUGUUAAUAAUCAACAGUCAAAUACCACAAGUACAACUAAUCAAUGUAGCACAGGAAAUCAGUACUGUUGCAAUAACGUUGCUAACUCAAAUAAUGCUCAGUUACAAAAUGGAAAUAGCGACGAAACUGGAUCAAUAUUUUAUCAUAAGCAGACUAAUCAACAGUUAGCAUGUAAUAAUUACAAUUCAGGCAGUGGUAGUCAAACUAAUGGAUGUACUACAAACAUGUAUUGUUGUCAAGGUAACAGUGGCUACUCUGUUAUUAAUUUCUCAUGUUCACCGAUUACUCUUGAUCUUAGUAGUAUUACCGGUUUUCGUCGUUAA